AGGUGAAAGCGAUAAAGCCCGCAUUUUAUUUGUUAAUGAAUGCGUAUUUUCUUCAGGAAAAUACAACAUAAAGAAUAUGCAUUGUUGUUUUAUGUUGGGGCUCUUGCGGGACAUGAGUACCCAUCGAAAAAUGAUUUCAGAGGAAUAGGGCGUGAACGAUGAAUUGACCCACGCUGACAUUGUCGUUUUGGUGGAACCGUGGGGAAUGACGUUUAUUACAAGCAUCUGGAGAGUUAAUAGACAAUGGCAUCGCCAUUGCGCCAACUCUUCAGUGCCCUUGAACAUAAUGAUAAGGAUCUAAGUUCGCCGUGACAGUGCAAACAAUUUAACCCGUGAAGUCUGCUUAUCAUCCCCUUUUCCGCUGCAGCGCGCAUGCUUCGCGGCUUGCUUUUCAAUUGUUUCAAUCUUGUGACAACUGACAAGUAGACUGCGACAUGAGAAGACUUGUCAAGCUAAAUGGGGUAGUUCAUUCCAAUUUAUUCAAAGGACUCAGUGCUAACUAUAGCAAAGGGUACCUCGCGCAUUCCCGGUUUUCGCGAAUGGCAAGUGGUGAUAACAAUGACAACCAUAAAUUGUUCGUACCACAAAACCGGCGCGAAAGGCGCAUAUCUGGUAGCGAACAAUAUGAAGACAGUGAAGAGCUUGACGAAUUAUUUUCUUCCCAAGAUGUUGCCAGGAAACCUAGUACUUUCGAUGAUGAACAGAAAUUAGAAGUACUUCUGAAAGAAGUUCUUGCAUAUCGAGACUCCAAUGUUAGCAGUUGGAUUGUUGAGAAUAAAGUCAAGAACCUAUGUGCUGUUUAUAGGUAUUUAUUAAAACCUCACAGAGAGGGAUUUUUGAAAGUUCUAGCAUGUGAACAUUCUGUAGACCAUAAGUUGAUAUGCAAUGCAGCAAAAUCACUGCAGGAAGAAUGUGACAAAAAUUUGAUUAUUAAAGGAGAAGAACGUUUGAAGAAUUUGCUGACUCCUCAGUAUGCUUGGUUAUUUCUUCACAUAGGUCGUUUAGAGAAAGGAGUCAAAUUUCUUGUGGAUUUACGAACUGAUUUAUUGAAUGUGCUCUCAGACACUGAUGUUAAAGAUCCUGCGUCAUUACCUCUUCAACAGCUGAACAUUACAUUGAAAGAAAUGCUCUCUUUGUGGUUUUCUGUAGGUUUUUUAAAUUUAGAGAGAAUUACAUGGAAGUCUCCUUGUGAUAUGCUUCAAAAAAUUUCAGAAUAUGAAGCAGUGCAUCCAGUUCGAAAUUGGACAGAUCUGAAGAGAAGAGUUGGCCCUUAUCGGCGAUGCUUUGUUUACACUCACAGCAGCAUGCCUGAUGAGCCAUUGGUAGUACUGCAUACAGCGUUAAGUGAUGAAAUAUCAAGUAGUGUGAGAGGAAUAGUUUCAGCAGCAUCUAGAAUGUCUAUUGAUGCAAAUGCCUUCCCAGCUCUGACUGCUGAUGCAGAAAUUGAAGAUCCUUCCAAUGUCAAAGCAGCAAUAUUUUAUUCAAUAUCUUCAACACAAAGAGGUCUUCAGGGAAUUGAACUAGGAAAUUAUCUGAUUAAGAGAGUUGUCCAAGAAUUACAAGCAGAAUUUCCAUUAGUGACAAAAUUUUCCAGUCUUUCCCCAAUACCUACAUUUAGACUGUGGUUGAUGGAGAAACUGAAAUUAUCAGAGAGAGGUUCUAGUGAUAUUUUUUCUGAGAAGGAAAUUCAAGAUUUUCAGACAUACCUGGAGACUGAUAAUAUAUGGUCAGAAUUAAGAAACUUAUUUAAAACUAAUGGUUGGAUUACCGAGACCAAUCUGAUACCACUCCUAGAAGGACCACUUAUGCGAUUAUGUGCAAGGUAUUUGUAUUUGGAGAAGAGACGUGGUUAUGCUUUGGAUAGUGUUGCAAACUUUCAUUUGAAGAAUGGUGCUGUAAUGUGGAGAUUAAAUUGGCAAGCCAAUCUCACACCUCGUGGAUUAGAUAAUUCAUGUGGCAUCAUGGUUAAUUACAGGUACUUCCUUGACAAAACUGAACACAACAGUCAUAACUACUUGGAGAAACAACAGAUUUCAGCAUCAGAGCAAGUGCUAGCAUUGGCUUCUGCCGCUAGUGAUUUGAUAAAGCAUACGUCAAAAAUAUAAGAUUUUUCAACUUUACACUCCCCAUGUUGCCAGCAAUAUUGUUCAUCUUCUUCCAAUUGAUUUUUUUAAAUAGUUGAAUUUUAUGGAUUUAGUGAAGUUUUUAAAGCAGCUAGACAUUUGUUCGUUUAAAACAUUUGUUAGAUAAUUAAUUCGUAAAUUAAAACAUGUUUUUAUUUAUUAUACCUACCUACCUUUGUGUGAAUUAUGUAUAUUUUUUCCUUUUCCAAAUAUUCAUUCAUUGUAAAUUUCUGGGUUUCCUUAUUGUAAUCAUAACUGAAGAUUUCUACAAUUGUUUUAUCCUGACAAUGUAUGAAAUGACACACUUCCAUAAAACAUCAUCACUAAAAAC